CCACUCUUCUGUCACUUUCUCACGUCUCUCUAGGUUUUCAUCUGCUCUGCUACUCAAAAACCAAACCUAUACAUACAUUUCAUCUGUAUCUAUAAUCUCCACGCUGUUUUGAUCAGUAUGUCGUUGAGGCCAAAUGCGAGAACCGAGGUUCGCCGGAGCCGGUACAAAGUCGCCGUCGACGCCGAGGAAGGACGGCGACGGCGAGAAGAUAAUAUGGUGGAGAUCCGAAAGAAUAGGAGAGAAGAAAGCUUGCUUAAGAAGCGCCGUGAAGGCCUUCAAGCUCAGCAAUUGAACGCUACUGCUGCUCAGCUCGAAAAGAAGUUAGAAAGUCUUCCGGCAAUGGUAGCUGGUGUUUGGUCAGAUGAUGGGAAUAUGCGACUCGAGGCCACCACACAUUUCCGGAAGCUGCUUUCAAUAGAGCGUAAUCCUCCAAUUGAGGAAGUGAUUCAAUCUGGAGUUGUUCCUCGUUUUGUUGAGUUUCUUGCCAGAGAUGACUACCCACAACUUCAGUUUGAGGCUGCCUGGGCUCUCACAAAUAUAGCAUCUGGUACAUCCGAGCAUACCAAGGUUGUGAUUGAACAUGGUGCCAUUCCAAUUUUUGUGCGACUUCUUGCUUCUUCAAGUGAUGAUGUCCGGGAGCAGGCUGUCUGGGCACUAGGAAAUGUGGCCGGGGACUCACCUAAAUGCAGAGAUCUUGUUCUUAGUCAUGAAGCUUUGAUACCACUGCUAGCUCAGUUCAACGAGAAUGCAAAGCUUUCUAUGUUAAGGAAUGCAACAUGGACACUGUCAAACUUCUGCAGGGGCAAGCCACAACCUCAUUUUGAGCAGACAAAGCCUGCCCUCCCUGCUCUAGCUCGUCUUAUUCAUUCAAAUGAUGAAGAAGUCCUUACUGAUGCCUGCUGGGCGCUAUCAUAUCUUUCUGAUGGUACAAAUGAUAAAAUUCAAGCUGUCAUUGAUGCUGGUGUUUGCCCGCGACUGGUUGAGCUUUUACUGCAUCCAUCAGCUUCUGUCCUCAUUCCUGCUUUGCGAACAGUUGGCAAUAUUGUCACAGGAGAUGAUAUGCAGACUCAGGUUAUCAUACAACAUCAAGCUCUUCUUUGUCUAUUGAACCUGUUAACAAAUAAUCACAAGAAGAGUAUUAAGAAGGAAGCUUGCUGGACCAUUUCAAACAUCACAGCUGGCAACAAAGAGCAAAUACAGGCUGUUAUCGAGGCUGGUAUUAUUGCUCCUCUUGUUCAAGUGCUUGGCAAUGCUGAAUUUGAAAUAAAGAAAGAGGCUGCUUGGGCAGUGUCAAAUGCAACAUCUGGUGGAACAAAUGAGCAAAUCAAAUUCUUGGUGAGCCAAGGCUGUAUAAAGCCGUUGUGUGAUCUUCUAGUUUGUCCUGAUGCAAGAAUUAUCACCGUUUGCUUGGAAGGCCUUGAAAAUAUCUUGAAGGUCGGAGAAGCUGAGAAGAUCUCGGGCAACACAGGUGAUGUCAAUGUGUAUGCCCAGUUGAUUGACGAAGCUGAGGGUUUGGAAAAGAUUGAAAAUCUUCAGAGUCAUGACAACAAUGAAAUAUAUGAGAAAGCAGUGAAGAUUCUCGAAACAUAUUGGUUGGAGGAAGACGACGAGCAGUUACCAACAGGUGAUACUUCUCAAUCUGGUUUGCAGUUUGCAGGAAGUGGACCUGCAGUUCCAUCUGGUGGAUUCAAUUUUGGCUAAGAGAUUUGUAUUGUUCCUGCGGUGUGAAGCAAGUGCAGUCUAUCAGCUUUUUUAUCUGGAUAAACUAUUGUGCUAGCUGGGCCGGGAAUUAUCCCUAUAGGGAAAUUUUUCCAUGUACUAAAAUUCUUUUGGUUUAAUUACAGAAGUAAAGCAGUAAUUACAUAUGAAGUUUACUUGGAAUUGAAAUAUUAUUUCAAUGUUGUAAUCUACUGAGACCACGUUUUUUUUC